CCGUUGGUUCUUGCAUAUCAUCUCGCUAUGGACUGGAAUCACGACGACUGGGUUUGCUCCGCAGGGCGAGAGUUGCCUUGUGAAUUCCACCUAAAUGAAACAGAUCCAGCCAUAGGCCUGCGAGAGUCUACGCACCUUCCAAGCUGCUGUCUCCCAUGACUCUUCCAAGCAUGGCUUGCGCUUUGUUGCUGUCUUCUCGAAUUAACUUUUCUCUGGACCCGCGUUUGAUCGAUUUCUGCCGCUGAAUGAGAGAAGCUCGCGCCGUGCUGCGCACUGCUCGUCAGAGUGGAAGGUUCACCCGAGGAGCCAAUUGGCGGAGGGGAGUCACGUGACCACGUUGUGCCAAUGUUCUUCUACAACGGUGUCAGGACCCUGUCAGCUAGUGAAAUAAACACUGGGAAACGGCGAGAUGCAAAAGGCGACCUACUACGACAGUUCGGCAAUUUACAGCGGCUACUCCUAUCAAAGAGCGAAUGGCUUAGGUUAUGAUGCCAAUCCGCAGCAGUAUCUUCACGUGGAUAGUGACUACCUUCGACCAGCCUGCUCCCUACAGUCCCCGGCAGGCUCCGCGACGCUGCACAAACCCAGCGACAUCACAGAAGGCUGCGUGCAGGGCGAAGGCACUCAGGAGAGCCCAGCACCCGACGGUGAUCAGCCCACCACGGUGUCCGUCGGGGCGCCGUCCCCCAGUGCCCUAACCCAAAACUCAAGCAAUGGCCACAGUGCUAAGAACCAAGGUUCCCCAACAUCGGCCACCCGGAAGCAAAUCUUCCCCUGGAUGAAGGAGUCACGUCAGAACACCAAACAGAAAUCCUGUAGCACCAGUUCAGCAGAAAGCUGUACUGGAGACAAGAGCCCGCCACACUCCGCCGCUUCAAAACGUGCCCGGACCGCGUACACGAGCGCACAGCUGGUGGAGCUCGAGAAGGAGUUCCAUUUCAACCGUUACCUUUGCCGCCCGCGACGAGUAGAGAUGGCUAAUCUACUCAACCUGACAGAACGCCAGAUAAAGAUCUGGUUCCAGAACCGCAGGAUGAAGUACAAAAAAGACCAGAAAGGGCUCGGGAUGUUGCCGUCACCUGGAGGACAGUCCCCGCACAGCCCUGUUCCUCCGCCUUCAGGUGGAGUGGGAGGAGGAGGGGGUGGAUAUUUAGGUUCAGUGCAUUCGAUGGUAAACAGCGUACCCUACGAUGCACCGUCCCCAACAUCCUAUAGGAAAUCUCAGUCUAACGCAUACAACCUUCCUACGUCAUAUCCACCAACUCUUAACACUUCCUUAAGCAAUUGCCCGCCUUCUCAGAAGCGGUAUCCGGGGACCGGCGCAGCCACGCCCGAGUACGAUACGCACCAUCUCCAAGGCAACAAUAACUACGCGACGCAUGUGCAGGGCAGUCCUGUGUAUGUCGGUGGCAAUGGAAACUACAUGGAUAGCAUGGGCAGCACGGGAGCCUCAGUGUUUGGCCUAACACAUCUCUCACAGCCUCCGCAUGGCAAUAUCGACUACAACGGUGCAGUUACCAUGGGGAACAGCCAUCACCGUGGGCCGUGCGAGCCAGCUCCGUGCACGUACACGGACCUUACACCGCACUACUCUCAGGGAAGAAUUCAAGAAGCGCCUAAACUGACUCAUCUGUAGUCUGGGAUUAUUCCCCCUUUUGCUUUCUCUGUUCACUGGCGCGUGCCCUUCACUGCUCAAUCGCCACAGUCAAUCUUACGUUUUGUUUCUUAUAAUUUUCUUGAAUGAAGUAGUUUAGUAUUUUUUUUUUUUAAAUAUAGUGUUAUAGUUCCACAGCCUUAGUGGCCCGUGUUGGGCUCCAUGCGACAGCACAUAUAUGCCUAAUGUUAUCUUUAUUUCAUCAUAUAUAUAUAUAUAUAUAUAUAUAUGAAAAAAAA